AUGAAUGACAUCGAUACGGUGCUCUCCUUUUUGGCAAUGUUCGACCAGAAGGAAGCCCUUGACCUUCACAAGAAGCUCAUCAACUCAGCCAUUGCGACUGGCGUUAGAAGAUUUGCCCCCUCGGAGUGGGCUGCUGCGAGUAACAGUGGGAUCGCUCAUUACCAAUACAAGGACGACGUCCGGAAGUAUCUGGAAGAAACCAACUCGAACCAGCACAAGAUCGAGUAUUGCCUGUUCCAGCCAGGCAUAUUUACAGAUUACGUCGGUUAUCCUCGCGCACAACCAAAGCAUUUCGAUACCUUUUCUAUGUUUGUAGACUUCCAGAAUCGAAGGGCCAUCAUUCCAGAGGACAGCGAUGCUCCAGUCACCUUCACUUCUCUUCGAGACAUGUGCCGACUUGUGGCACAUGCCUUGGAAUACAAUGGAGUAUGGCUUACUGUCGGUGGCAUGCAAGGGACGGCAUUUACUGUUUACGAGCUUAUUUCACUGGGCGAAAAGCUUCGAGGCCCGUUUAAAGCUGAAAAGAUCUCUAACGAGGAUCUGGAGACUCGGAACGUUACGACUUCUUGGUAUCCUGUAAUAGAGCACCAGGCGGUUCCGGACGAGAUGAGGGAGCAAAUGUCUAAAGGUAUUCUUCUAGAAUACAUGGCCAGCAUUAAGAGAGGCGUGUGGACUGUAUCGGAUGAGUGGAAUAAGCUCCUAACUGACUUUGAGUUCACCUCUGCAGAAACCUACUUAAAGGAUGUUUGGCUAUAA